AUGUCCUGCCAGCAGAACCAGCAGCAGUGCCAGCCUCCCCCCAAGUGCCCCUCACCCAAGUGCCCCCCAAAGAGCUCAGCACAGUGUCUGCCUCCAGCCUCCUCCUGUUGUGCUCCAAGCCCUGGGGGCUGCGGUGGCCCCAGCUCUGAGGGCGGCUGCUGCCUGAGCCACCACAGACGCCACAGGUCCCACCGAUGCCGGCGCCAGAGCUCCAACUCCUGUGACAGGGCCAGUGGUCAGCAAGACGGCGCCUCCGGCUGUGGCUGUGGCUCUGGAGGCUGCUGCUGACCUAAUUCCUGAUGCUGAGACAAGUGACUUUAGAGGAAACAAGUAUCUCAAGGACCAAGGAAAAGUCCCAACUUGAUGGAUCCUUUCUUAGACAUCCUAAUUAAUCAUUCGCUCAUGGGGAAGAAUUGUGCUUUUUCCAAAAGUCUCCACCC